UACGGUCUCUCUAGUUUAGAAAGUCUUUCGUGACAUUACAAAUAUUUGGCAGAAGCAAAGUUUAUUUGUCUUAUUAAUAAUGGAAAGUCUUACUGCAAGCAACAAACCUUUGGUGCAGCAAAGUGUGGUAAAAGUGGAAGGCGAGGAGGCGAAGGAUGCAAUGAUCACCAAUCCGUCCGCCAAAGAAGAUGCACCCUUGGUGCAGCAAAAUGUGGUAGAAGUGGAAGGCGAGGAGGCGAAGGAUGCAUUGAUCACCAAUCCGUCCGCCAAAGAAGAUGCACCCGCUGUAGUUGUUCCGCUCUCCGAUGAUUCUAAUAAAACUUCUGCAAUGGAUGAGAAUAACAAUAGCCCUGAGGAGCAAACUAUGAAAGACCUAAUAGUUCUAGAAACUGCUUCUUCUGAGCCAAUAGAUAAUGCCGUCUCGAGUUCUGAUAUAUCCACAGAACCAGAGGCUGCCAGUGAUACAUCCGUCGUGGCUUUGGAUGUCCAAGUAAAAGUGGGUGAAGAGGAUUCGUACCUCAAGAUCACUGAUGAGGAUUCGCAGUUGGAUUCCUCUGAGAACGUUUCCAUGAAAACCAGCAACCGUAAGAAGAAAAGGAGCAAGAACAACAUUUCGAAACGCCAUCGCUUUGAAAGCCAGUUGCUCAAAGUCCUGAUCCCCAAGGAUGCCCUUAUGAUUCUUAAUGAGUUAAAGGGCGUGAAAAUCGACAUGAUGAACCCAAAACGGGACCACCAGGGACAGAUUGUGGCUCACAUUGUGGUUAACUCAAUUGAAUACUUUGCGACGGGCUCUUCAGUAAACUCAGCAAGGAUUGCCGCCGGCGAGAAGGCACUGCAGGACAUCUUUAUGGCCAAAAUGAAGGCUCAAUUGGCCAAGCCAGAAGGAAAAUCGGGUAGCGAUGCGGAUGAUCUACUUGUAAAGCUGCCCUCUUAUGCCAUACACAAACUAUUAGAGCAAUGGAAAGGGGAAGAUAUUGAUGUUGCAGCUCUGUAUAAUGAAAUGCAGACUAGGCUGCAGCUUGCCAUCGAACCAAAAACUUUGUUAUCAGCCAAGGAGUUGCCCAAAUCAUGGAAGCAUUUGCAUCCUUGCGUGGUUCUCAACCGUAUGCGCCCCAAGUGCGUCUACAACUUCUUGGGUUCCACUGGCGAAGCACCGAAUCAAACCUUCAGCAUGGGCAUCUCUGUGGACGACUGCGAGUUUGAGGCUAAUGGGAAGUCCAAGAAAAGUGCACGCGCCAAACUAGCUGCCUUAGUUUGUAACAACCUGUUUGGAACCGACUUUUCUGAACCAUAAACGUCUUCAUAUGUUCAAAAACUUUAUACGAAAUACCUGUAUCAGCUGUCUCAGCAAAUUGUUAAAGGAACUGGUAUCUUAAAUAAAACUUGAACCAUCUUAAA